GAGGGAAGUUUAUGUAAUAUUUCUGCAAGUUUUGGUCCUUAUGUGCAAUUUUCACAUAAUAGAGGGGUUCUCUUUCCCAUGGGAAAAGGAAAGCACUUUUUCAAAAUGAACACAGUAGCAGAAAUUAGCACACUUUGUCGUUGGGCUUUUGAUGCUUCGAAUUUCUACAGAUUCAAAGUGGUAGAUAGAUUAAGCACUCACUAGUGAACUGAAGCAGCUUGAUGGGAUUAGAGUGUAGACAAUGUCAAUGAAUCUGUUUCUUGCAGGAACUUUGUAGAACAAAAGAAGUAAUUUUAAUGAAUGAGAUCUUGCCUCUUGAUUCAAGCCUUCCAUGGCUUUGGAUCAUUGAAUAUCUGGCAGGCUUCAAGCAAGUUGAUACUAAUAUUUUAAAUGAUUUGAUUGAAAGGACUCCAGACUUACCAGGUGAUCCAGGGAAAAAUGCAAGGGAAAGGGUUGCUCUGAGAUGUUUAGACGAGUUAUUUGGUCCUAUUGUUAGACUUGCAGGUACUGUUACUCCUGCUUCAAGAGUUCGUUCUGAUCUUUCACAAAGCUGUGAAGACGUACUUCAAUGCAUACUUCAGGAGUCAUCAGUGUCAGAUUUAAAGAAUCCCAGACCAGAGCUGUUGAAAUGGGAUCUUCACCCCUUUACAAUGCAUAAAAGAGCUACCUUGCCUAAAUGUGCUUUGGAGGAGGUGAACGAUACAAUUCUCAGUGGUACCCAUCCAUAUGCUGUUGCUUUAAAGGAAAAUAGUGGAUUGGUGAGUAAUAAUGAGCCUGACGGAGUUACUGUUGUGAUGAUCAUCAUAAUGCACUUACAUCGAGGCUAUGUGAGAGUAGCAGUAAUGCCCAAACAGUCCCAGCAAAAAGUAAUGUGGUUCAGAAGUGAGUUAACUGCUGAAGAUCUGGCAGAUGUAAACAAUGGUAACAAAGAUAGUUUGUUUGGUCAUGACGUUCUUCACUUAAAUGCAAAGAAGCUGAAGCAGGGCUGCCAGGGCAGUACUUGUACUAAUCCUACUGUCAGCCAGAUUUCAAAUCCCCUUUUCUUGGAAGAUGUUUGUGGAAGGUUUAGAGUUGCUGAAGUAGAUUGGUCUGCCUUGUGUAAAGAAUCUCAGGCGGGUGAGCAUUGUAAUGAUGAUCAUAUAGAGAAUAGUCAUGAUACCAACAACAUUUGUGAAAUAGGAGAUGGAUCUGUUCAAUUUGUCACUGUGGAUGAAACCCACAACGGUGAACUACUUUCUGGUGCCCCCUUGAUGAAAACUCAGCAACAAAUUUCUAUUGAAGAAGCCUAUGGCAAAGGUGGUCAGAGUUCUAAUUCUAAACUGAAACCACCUCAUACUGUCUCCACUGAUAGAAUAGCACAAAAUAGUAGUAAUCCUUGUGGGGAGCCAGAGCUGAUUUUUAUCAUCCUUGUGAAGAUGGAAUGUUGAGUAAUUAGGACGAAUUUCAUGAAGAAGGAAUUGAUAUGGCCCUGAAGAAGAGUCAUUUCUUGAGUUCCCAGUGCACAUCAAGUCAAGAUACACUGGGUACAGCCGGCUGGAGCAAGCAAACUGUGUGUGUGAAGUGUAACAAAGAUGGUCAGAUGUUGCUUUGCAGUACCUGUGGUUGCGCUCUGGUGGUUCAUUAGAGUUGCUUGGGUUCUCAGGCUAGGUUUGAUGAUAAGGGCAACUUCCACUGCCCUUUUUGUUUGUAUUCUCUUUCUAUUUCAGAGUAUCUUGAAGCUAAGAAGAAAAGACCGUUUGGCAAGGAAGAAACCGUCUGCACUUAUUCAUGUAUUUGAGCAUUGUUCAAUUAAACAUACUGAGGGACAUAGGAAAGAGGAAAAUCCAACAAAUCAAGACAGAGAAGAUGAUAAUUGUCAGUUUCAAAGCGGUCUAAUUGAUAAACAACAAGCAGGGCCCUAAAUAUCAUUCAGAGAUGUUAACACACCAUGUGUAGGAGAUGAGGCAAAUUUACUCAGAAUUCAGGAGAGUGGCAAUUUGAAGGAAAAAGAACAAAAUGCAAGAAAUCAAAAUAGACAAGAUCUAAGUCGUCAGUGUCAAAGUUAUGUAGCUGAUAAACAACAACCAGCGUCCUCUACAUUGUGUAGAGAAACCAGUACACAAAGUAUAAAGGAUGAGGCAAAUUGCAUCAGAAUGCAGGAGAAUGGGCAUUUGAAAGAGAGAGAACAAAAUACAAGAAGUCAAAAUAGAGUUUUUAAUUGCCA